AUGCACAAUCUUCCAUCUAUUAGCAAUGCCAUCAAAAAGUUUAAUGUUUACACUAGACCAGUCAGUUUAUUAUUAUUAAAGGAAUAAGGUCAUAGAACAUAUUUGGGAGUUUUUCUAACAUCAAUAUUAGUGAGUUUAGUAGUUCUGGUUUAUUAUAGUGGUCUUGAAUCGCUAAUUGUUAGAAAUAACCCAAGUGCUAUUAGUUACACUACCUACUCUGAAGAUUAGAAGCCAUUUUAUUUGGCUCCUUAAAAUUUUAGCAUAGCUAUAGCUCAAAAAGGCAAUGACCUUAUGGCUUCAUAUAUCCUAGAAGGAUCUAUAGGUUAAACAGAUGGUUUGACCAUCCAAGAAAUCCCCAUGUCUAAAUGUAUUGAUUUUUAAUUUGACGAUCCAACCCUCAAUGCAUAUUUUGAUAAGAGUGAUCAGAUUUGGUACUGCAUUGAUUGGAAGUUUCUCACCUCGAUUGUCUUGGAAGGAGGUUUAGAAUCCUCAAAGGAUAAAUCAUUAUAAAUCAAAGUCAAAUAGUGUACAUCUGCAAGUACCUAAUGCAUAGCCCCUAAUAUCAUGGAUAGUGAUCAGUUCCUAUUGAAAAUGACAUCAGCAAACACUGACAUUUCUAAUUUCAAAAAGCCUGUGAAUUUAAUUGGAAAGUCCUUUGUCUUAACAUCAUUGCUAAACUUUACGAAAAAACUCAAUAUAAUAUUGCAGCCACAAUUGACUUAAACUGAUAAUGGAUAUAUUGUAUAAGAUUAAUAUGAAGAAACUAUGUUGUCAAUUUCAAAUUACUAUGAAACAAUUUAAGAUAAAAGUUCAGAUUAAUAAAUUUUCCAAAUAAAUAUAUCUUUAGAUCAAAAAACAUUCAUAACAUAGAGGUCUUAUCCUAGAGUAUAUUAGUAUUUAGGAGACAUUGGUGGAUUUUGGGAAAUUAUAUAUUUGUGUAGUUUAUUAUUCAUAAUGCCCUUCAACAAUUUAUCCUAUCGAGUGUCUUUGUUGAAUGAAUUGUUCAACUUUGAAAUGGAUUAUGAUAAUAAAGUACACCCUGAUAAUAAGGGUAAAGCAAAGGUGAGAGAAAUUUUAAAUAAGUCAGUUUAAUUAGAGAAGUUUAAUAGAAUGUCAAAAGUGGCUGAACAUGAUGCAAACUAAAAAUCAAAGUUAUUGGAUCAAAUUUCUAGUGAUAUCACUUAAUUUUUUAAAGAACAAGAAAGUCGUCUUGAUCUCCAAUUCUUUGAUUAUUUUGGGUGUUGCCAAUGUAAAAAAGGAGGGAAGAGAGAGCUCAUAAAUUUUUCAAUGGGGAAAAUCACGCACACUUUAGAUAUCACUUAUAUAAUAAAGAAAUUACAGGAAAUAGAUAAAUUGAAAUUGAUUUUGUUGAGCUCAGAUCAAAUUAAGUUAUUUGAUUAUUUACCUAAACCAAAAUUAGGAUUGCAUAUGAAGGCAAGUGAAAAUGAAUAUUGUUCAAUAUUGAAACCUGAAUAGUCAGAUUUAGAUAAGGCUUUAGAGGCUUAGAAAGCAUUUUAGUAAUUGUAGGAUUAGGAUGAUGAAAUAACACCUAAAUUAGUGAAGCUGUUGGAUGAGGACCUUGUUGCCUUAUUCAAAUUGCAAUUGAAUAAGGGAGUCAAUAGAUCUCUAAAGAAAACAGGUUAAUUGGCUGACGCAGUGUAAUAGUUGAUGAUAAUGAAUGCAAAGGAGAAGGAAAUAGAGAAGACUAGCAAAAAGAAGAAGAAGAAGAAUAAGGAAUCUAGUAAUUCAGAGAAUUCCGAAUCCUCAGGUUCUGAAAAUUGA